AUUGAUAGAGAGAUAAUCAGUUAAUAGGAUGGUUAAGAAAGUACUACAACUGGUCAUUGCUCUAAUAUGGAUGACAAAUAGUGUACACAGUUGCUGGUGUAAUAUUUUGCAGCACCCUCAAGAUCAAUUCUGCAAGUCUGACUAUGUUUUCUAUGGUAAAGUAAUCAAUGAGAAACUUAUAGAAGGUCUAGGAAAUGAUGUUCACAAUAAUAAGGCGAUUUGGGAAUAUACUUUUAAAGUUAUUUUUAAAAUGAAGGGGAUGAUUGAGGGAGUUGGACAAGAUGCCGUUGUAGAGACAAAAGGAAAUCAAGCCCUCUGUGGUGUACGCUUUACUGUCGGAAAGUCUCAUAUCUUAAUGGGAGCAAAGAAACCCGAUGGAACGAAAACAAUAGCAUUAUGUGUUUUCAUGACACAGCUCAGCAAUCUGUCACCAUAUCAAACUUUUUACCUGUUUACAAAAGGUCCCUAUUCGUACAGAAAUAACUGUGGAUUAGGAUGCAAAAGUAGUCCAACAUCAGUAGGUUGCAAAUAUCAGUCAGGAAGUGAUCCGGCGAACACCUGCCUUGCCAAGAAGGCACUGUGCAAAAAAGAAGGAAUGCAGUGUCGCUGGGAUAAUAAUGGAUCAUGUUAACGCAUUUAUGUAAUCAACAUGCGGACCUCAAUGGAUGACUAAAUACAAAUGGAAAUUAUUAAAUAGACUUUUAGAUCGACAUAUUGAUGAAAAUGGGUAUUAAAAGUGUUUGACUGUUUCAAACCGUGUGGUUAUGCUCAGUUCUAGACAGUAACUUAUUCAAAAGUCGGAUUACGGAUACCAGAUGGACAUUCAAACACAUAAAUCGAAAAUAUACUGACAACGCCAUGGCUAAAAAAGAAAAAUAAAGACAAACAGACAAAUAAUAGUACACAACACAUAACAUAGAAAAAGACCAAGCAACACGAACCCCACCAAACACUAGGGGUGAUCU